AUGGCGAACCUUUUCCCGGCUUACAAGAGGGAGUCCUUUGCGGAUGCACGCUGCGGCCAGCCGUUCCCCGUCAUGAAGCUGCCGGUAGAGAUCCGCCUGAUGAUUUGGGAAUACGCUCUGCCGCACUCCCGUGUUUACGAAGUCAUGGACGCCCCGAAUGCAAGCCAGAAGACGCCCGCCGCUGCAGGGCUCAUGUUCGCCAACGUUCGAGAUGAACCACCACCAGCCCUUGGCGGAGUCUGCCACGAGACGAGAGUGUUCGUCCUGCAGCGCUACAGACCUCUUACACUGUCCGUCACCACAAAAUACGUCGAUUUGUCGCGCGAUGUCCUCUUGCUCGAGCCGUACUUGCUGGUCAAGCGGCUGCUCCGCACGCUGCACUUUUUCAGCCAGAUCCCCCUUGUCCGAGACAGUCUCAGCCGGCUUGCAUUUGGAACGUCGUACGGCUUGUACACGGGCAUCUGCCACCCCGUCCUCAGUUGGAAAGUCUCCAAGACGAACAUGGCGACGCUGCUGGCCCGCCUCGCUAAAUUUUCGAAACUGAGAAAGCUGGUCUUUGUCGUCCAUCAGGAAUUCCAGUUCGACUUUGACGUGCAUUACCCGUACGCGGCACCGCAAUCUGCGAAUACCCCGACACCCGCAUUCAAAUGA